AUGGUCCAUCGCAAAGAGUUUCGCGUCUGGAUGGAGACAGAAGCUUCUUGUCUCUUGUGGAUUGACGGCUACCAAGUUCCCCACCGUCCUAGCUGGACAACGGGCUUUGCACUUAAUGUCAUUCGAGCCGCCAUGGUAAACGGUCACGAUACCCUGUACUAUUUCGGAAGCCUCCAUCAAGACAAAAUGCAACCUCGUGCCCUUGUUCAGAGCCUCUUGUUCCAUUUACUGCAGCGGUUUCCUACAAUUCUCUCGCAUGGCGAUCCCGAACUUUUUAGUGCAGAGAUUUUCUUGGCAGCAAAGUCCAGCCUCGACUUAUCCUGGAGAAUAUUUCUGGAGUGCCUUCGCCUGCUCCCAUCAACUGUUGUGUAUCUUAUCGUGGAAGGCAUUGAUCACGUUCACAUGUCGGAUGUUGGAAAUGACUUUCAAAGUCUACUAACCCAGUUUAAAUCACUUUCAACCUCUGGCGACUUUGAAGACAAACUGGUCAAGGUGUUUUUAACCUCGGUACGGCCAAAUGCCGGUUUCGACAUAGUGUUCCCAAGUCAUGAGAUGAAGGUAAACCAGGUCGACAAUAACGUUCUAAUUCGUGUACCGCAUGCUGUUUCUCGAAGUCGUAAGGUAUACACAAAACAAAGGCCCAGAAAGACUCCAUCUGCUUGUGAAAUCCCCCCAGCACCGGACCUGCAUCUCCCGGGGGUAUCUAAUUCCGAGGUACCCAGGAUGGACGAUUUUGCCCCCAGUGAUGACGAUCGAAGUGAACGGCCAACUGAAAUUGACUCUGACAGCGAUUUUGACAUAUUCAGUGAAAAGCCUAGAAAUAUGAAACAAGCGGCUGGAGGCAGAGAUGCAAUACCACAGGAAAUUUGGAAGAGUGAAAAUAAAUCUUUCGGAUUUCCAAACUCACAUGCAAAUACACUGCUGACCGAAGAUGUGGAUGGAUCAGAUUCUGGAAGCUCAUUCGUCAUUUUUGACACGCAAUCGCCAUCGGCCAAGAUGAAGCUAUCUGGGAGUCAAUCAUCAGACUUUGCUCCAUCCGACAGUGAUAUAAUAUAG